UUGUAUUUUAAGACAUUGUCUGGCGCCGAUGCUUCAGGAUGUCGUAAAGUUUAUAUGUUUCCAUCUUAUGCUAGAAUUAAAUCAUUCGACGAAACUCACACCAAGUUUGCUUCAAAGUACUCUUUGUACUUAUAUAGAGAACAGAAUAAAGACCCAAUUCCUAAUGAAGAUAAUCAAUCAUUAAACGGGAUACCAAUUUUAUUUAUACCAGGCAAUGCAGGAAGUUACAGACAAGUAAGAUCAAUUGCUUCGGAAACUUCAAAUUUGUACUUUGACGAUAAUUUUAGUAAUGUUAACUCUAAAAAUUUUGAUUUUUUCAGUGCUGAUUUUAAUGAAGAUUUUACUGCUUUCCAUGGUCGUACCAUUCUAGAUCAAGCCGAAUAUUUAAAUCAAGCUAUCAAAUUUAUUUUACAAUUAUAUGAAAAUAAUGUUAAUCCUCCCAAAUCGGUAAUAAUUUUAGCCCAUUCAAUGGGUGGUGUGGUUGCAAGAGUCAUGGUUACUUUACCAAAUUAUGUUCCAGAGUCAAUAAAUACAAUCAUUACUUUGGCUUCUCCUCAUGCUGCUGCUCCUUUAACUUUUGACGGCGACAUUUUAAAAAUAUAUUCAGCAAUUGAUAGGUUCUGGUUGGCUGGCUAUCAGGAUAAAUUAGAAAAUGAUGAUGGUAGUGGUAAAUCGGAUAAUGAUAAAGAAUUAAAUAAUAUUGCUAUGGAACGAUUAGCAAAUCUUUCUUUAGUUUCAAUCACUGGUGGUUUAUUGGAUACCAUACUACCGGCUGAUUAUACAACUCUCGGAUAUCUUGUUCCACCUUCGAAUGGAUUUACAGUCUAUACUACUGGGAUACAAAACGUUUGGACCCCAGUCGAUCAUUUAGCAAUUGUUUGGUGUGGUCAAUUAAGAAGAAAGAUUUCUGAAUUGUUACUUGAUAUUGCAGAUUAUGAAUCGCCUUAUAAAACAUUGCCGUUGAGCAAAAGAAUGUUGAAGAUGAAAAAAAAAUUAUUGACUGGAUUUGAAGAGUACUUAAUACCUGAAUUAACCGGGAAUCCGCAACAACAACAAGAUAAAAUCAAUAUUAAAUUAGAUACACAAAUAACUCAAUCAACCAAAAAAAAUGGUGAUAAUGUUUUAAAAUUCAAUCCGGGCCAUAAAAAUGAAUUUUUCCAUUUAAUCCAUUUAAAUAAGAAAACCGAUUCGAAAUUUUCUUUAUUAAGUACUGUUGGAUUCAAUUCCUGGUCUAGAUUUCAAAGUGAACAAAAUAAUAACCCAAGUAUUUUGCUAUGCAAUAAUCAAGACAAAUCGAAAAAGAAUGAACCAGUUCAAGGGUUGAUAUACGAUUAUACAAAUGAAUUGACACAAGAGUAUGUUGCAUUAGAGUGUAUCGAUGUUGCUUCAGAUACUGUUUCAGUACCUAGAUCACAUAAUUCAAUAAAUAAAUUGAGUGAUUCUUCGUUAGAUGGAGAUCACAGACCUUUUACUUCUAUUCAAUAUGAUCAACUGAUUCUUAAGAAUUAUGAUUUGAUUUUGAUUGGUGAAUCAAGUGGUAAUGAUGAUUUAAUUAAAGAUGAAAACUUUUUAAUUGCAGAAUCAUCAGAAGCAAAAUCAACUGAAUAUACUUUGGAUUCUUCAUUAUUUCUGUUAUUCACCACUGGGAAUGAUAUUUCUUUAUCGGCGAAAAGGCCAUUGAGUGUCAAUGUUAAGAUUCCUGGAGCCUGGUCAUCAUUAUUGGCAUAUAAAGUUGAAAUCAAGUAUCAUAAAGGAGGUCGAGAAGGAGAAACCCCUGAACAAGAGGAGCGAACUAAUUUCGAACCCUUUAUUAGACAAUGGAGUAUUGAACCAUAUGAAUCAAAAUGGCAUAUUAAUAUCUUAGAUAAACCUAAGAAAUCAUUAAUAAUGACAAUGCAUGGGAUUGCUCCAUUUACCCCUUUUAAAACAAGUGUAUCACAUAAUAUGAAUUUAGAAAUCUGGAAUGAUUCUACAGAAAACAAGGAUGGAGAAUUGCCAUUAGACGUAAGAGUUCUGAUUGAAUUAUUCACCAGUUUAAGAUUAUUAGUUUUACGUUAUAGAUUAGGAGUUGUUGCAUUUGGACUAAUAAUAAGUUUAAUGGUAUUUUUAAUUCAAUUAAUUAUUUACCAUAAGAGUCACCGUUGGAUGAGUUAUGUACAAGGGUUACAAAUGUGUUGUAAGCCCAUAGUCUUAAUUGGGACUUUUAUCAUAUUGGGGGUUUUAGGAAGUAUAGUGAAUACUGAUAUUGUUGCGGUUAUUUUAAACAUGAUUGAUCCGGUAGUUAUACAAGACCCCAAUGAAAUCAAUAUUAGUUUACAUCGUCAAUUUAAGAUGAACUCAUUUUAUCUAGGGUUAGAGGAGUACGGAACGCUUUGGUUUCUUGGGAUUAUUUUCUACUUGAUGUCGAUUGGAAUCAAUUUGGUAUUAUAUUAUAUUGUUGAUAUGAUUGGACAAAUGAUGACUAAGAUGUUGAGUUGGAUUAACUUCUUGGAAUCAACAGGAGGAGGAGGUUUGAAAAGAAGAAUCGCCAGCACUAUGAUAAUAAUACUAUUAUUAACGUUCUUCUUACCAUUUCAAUUUGGAUAUUUGGUAAGUGUAAUUGUACAAGUGAUGAGUGUUAUAAGAUUGGGUAAAAAAGAAGAGAAUUACUAUAAUUACCAAGUAAGUUUAUUAAUGAUGAUGCUUUGGAUAUUACCAAUCAAUAUUCCUAUAUUAAUUGUUUUUAUUCAUAAUUUUACGGUUAAUUGGAAGACCCCAUUUCUGUCGCAUCAUAAUUUUUUAGCAAUAAUUCCAAUCUUGAUAAUGGUAGAACGAAAUAGCUAUAUGAGAGGGAAGCUAUUACCGGGGAAACUGACUGGAUGGAAGAAUAAAAUCAGCUACGGAAUAAUCAUAUACUUUAUUUGCUAUUCAUUAAUCUACGGAAUCCGUCAUACUUACUGGUUGCAUCAUUUAUUCAACUGCAUGAGCAGUUGGAUAUUAUUUUUAUACUACAUAGAU